GACUGCAAAAUUUGCUGAUUAAAAAAAAGUUUUUUAAUUUGUAACAGUUGAUACAAGAUGGUUGUACAAAGCGAAAUAAAUUACAAGUGUAGUCUCAGUAAAGAAACGCAGAAAAUUGCCUUGGAGGAAUUGCGCGAAGAUGAGAACAUAAGAAACCAGUCAUUGGAGCAAUUUCGAGACUGGAUACUGAAGCACCCUUUUAUAAAACGGUGUCGGACUGAUCCUGGAUUUUUGCUCCGAUUUUUGAGAACCAAGAAGUUUAGUUUGCCCAUAGCACAAGCCAUGCUGGAACGCUACUUACACGCCAGACAAUUGUCCUCCGAAUGGUUUCAAAAUUUAGAUAUCAACGAUCCUGUUAUAGAAGCGAUUAUUGACUGCGGAUAUAUUGUUCCGUUGCUCGAAAGGGACCAGUAUGGAAGAACAGUCGUUUUGACGCGUAGUGCUCAAAUUGAUCCACACAAAUACACGAGUUAUCAGAUGGUAAGAGUCAAUACUUUGGCAUUUGAAGCAUUGAUAUCCGAUGAAGAGAAUCAAGUACGAGGUUACACGUAUAUAUACGACGAUGCUGGAAUAACUAUGAGCCACGUAAGCUUGUUAUCAUUCACAGAAAUUCGAAACGUACUUAGCUGGGUCCAAAAUGGGAUUCCGAUGCGACACAAAAUGUCAAUCCUGGUCAAUGUUCCGAAUUACGCCACUAAAGUUAUUGAAUUUUGCGUGUCGCUUUUUACUAACAAACAUCGAGAGAGAAUCACGAUUUGUACAGAUGUAGAGGAAUUGAAAAAAAAAUUCGAUCCCAAAAUUCUGCCCAAAGAAUACGGUGGUGAUGUACCACUUGCUGAUAUGAUUGCUGCAUUUAAGAAAAAAUUGCGUGAAAAACGUGAAGAGUUAAUAGCUCUUGAUGAUAUGUACAUAGAAGUGUCACAAAAAAACGCGUCUUCACUUACGGAUAUUUUUGGUAGUGUUUCUGGCUCAUUCCGAAAACUUGAAGUUGAUUAAAAUAUUAAUUAACUAUAUAUUGAAUGUUAUUAAGUAAAAAAUCUGUUAAAAAUUACAAGUGUAUAUUUAAUGAAAAAUAAAUUAAAAA